GCAUAUCCGUUGCACACUUUGUACACCUGAUACUCUCACAAAUGAAGCACUCAGCUAUUGAUAUACAAUUUAAGGAAAUUGAUGCUAAUGGCUUCACAAAUUGUACGCGUAUACGGGGCGUAUGCGCAACAUCUUCAUCGAGUUUGACUUUUGCAUUAUUUGCAAUUUAAGCUAUUUAUAUAAUAGCCUCAUUAGCAUUAGGUGUGCGUGUGUGUGUGCCUGGCUCUCUGUGUUUCUCAUUUUCAUCUUUGAGUUCCCAUCAUUAUGCUAAUGGAAUUAAAAUGAAAAUCAAGUCAACAAUUGAAUUACGCUCCACAGGACGGAUGGCAAAAGAAUUAGUUAUAGACACGUUGGUACUCUGAUGGAAUGUGCUCGAUACUCGCAGAAAAUAAUAUAAUAUGUUUGUAUAGAGAGCCAGCAUAUUAUUCAUUUCCAGCUACUUUCAAUUUUAUACUGGCCCAAGCAUUUACUUUCAAAUUGAAAUAUUUUAUCCAGAAAUGACAAUCCGGCAUUACAAUAGCACAGGAUGUUUAAUGCCACUCGUUGCUGCGGCUGCUGGUCAUUACUCAUAGGAUGCUAUUUGAUUGCAUUUGUUACGUUCGUCUAUAGUGUCUUGAGUAUUCAAUUUGUUUUGAUAUUUCACACCGAUCAAUAUAGUGGCGAUAGAAAAGGAACUAGAGGCGAUUACGAUUCAUUCAUAUGUUUUGUGGUUCCUGAAGUCAUCCUAUUUUUGGCAUCCUGCUCCUUAGUCCUUUAUGGCUUGUUUCGCAAGAAGUUUUUAGUCUUCAUAUACGUUGGCCUCGUUGGUCCCCAUAUCGUCUACUUCAUAUUGAUGUUCCUUAUAACUACAGCGAUCGGUAUAAAUAUGAUUAUAAACAGGGCCGGCGAUAACGUUCACAUCUUUUGGCCUUUUUGUCUAUUCCGAUUCGAUCCAGGCCAUACGAAAGGAAGUACAGAGGAUCAUACUUCUAUGUUACUUCAUUUGGUGCCCGAACUUUUAAUUGUUCUAUCCUCACUCCUGCUAAUCCUUUACGAAAUGUGUCCCAGGACGGCUUAUGUCAUAACUUUUGUAUGCAUCAAUGGUGUCCAUAUUAUCUAUUUUAUCAUAAUAACCAUUGUAGCAGUUUUAAUUCGCACAAAUAUUAUUGUUAACUAUGCUGGACUAUUGAUUCAUCUGUAUUGGCCGCUUUGCGUUUUACGAACGGGAAUAACAAUAUAUUCUAUUUAUAUCGUAAUAUCGUACUGUAAGCAAAGAAGGAAAGAAAUGUAAAGACAGAGGAAGAGAAAUGUACAAAGAUUAUCCCAGAAUUACAUGUAACAAAAUUUAAUAAAAGCAAAUAGUGCUAGGCUUGGUGAUAAAUCCUCACGAGCAGGGAAGUAGAGGUAAUGUUAAAGCCAUAUAAUACCAUCAGAGCUCUUCUAUAUACUCUCCUCUAAUUUUAACGAAAGCUGAUUUGCAAUAUUUCGCACUUCAUCUUGUUCCAGAAGUUAUAGUGGGAAUAUCACCGGUUUUCCUAUACGUUCAUGAACUUACCGUCAAAAAAAUAUGUAUCCUAAUUUUUGUGUUUACAGCUGGUCCCCACAUGAUCUAUUACACAUUAUUGUUUCUCAUAACUCUCGGAAUGGGGACAAACAUGAUUGUCAAUGAAACUGGAUCGUACGUUCAUUUGUUUUGGAUUUUUCUAGUAGUAAGAUUCGCAACGACUAGUUAUUUCAUUUACAUCAUAAUAUCCCACCAUAAUCAGGUACGCAAACGAGACAUCCGUCUUACAGCUAUAAACUAACCUACAAAUUAUUCAAGCAUUGCAUUAGUUGAAAUUGAAAGCGAUCAAGUUCCUUUUAGGCUC